GUACACUGGUUUAAGUUUGCUGAUGAUGCUGCUGUUGUUACCAGUUGAGAAAAGGAGAACCAACUCUUCACCACUGCUUUACCAGAUGGUGCCAAUGAGCAAACUUCAUUGUCAGGAUUGACAAAUGUGUUACCUUUGGUGUCAAGAAACACUCUACGCGAUCCCUCCAAUUUCAACCGAAACUUUUCAUCUAUAGCCAAAUAGUACCUGCUGUCGAAAAUUGGAUGGGUCGUUAAAACUUGUUAAUGAAGUCGAGACAGAUAUCUUUAGGAUUUGAGAGACAAAUCCUACACAUUUAAUACUUAUGAGAGGAUGGGCUGUUGCCUUUGACAUAAACCCUGUCACAUUUCUAGCUUAACUAAUUGAUAUUUAUAUUUUCAUUCCGAAGAUCUCAAUUAUUUCAUAUUUCAAACACCCCUUAUAAGGCCUCACCUUUGUAGCAAACGUGCUGUGAAGCUCAUCUUCAUGAAUGUAAUCCUGCCGGCCUUCUGUCCAUUUUAAAGCGUCCAUGAAAUUAAGAACUGUCGUAAAUCGAUUGCCAUUGCGCGUGUCUUCUUAAACCUAGAGCUUGCUGUUUAGAUUAAGGCCCCCUAGUUCAGCAUGAGCUAUUGAUGGAAGUCAUUUUAAAGUAUUUGCAUUAAUAAAUUAAAGUUCAAGUAAAGCAAUGAAACAAUAGUUAAAAGGUCAUUAAUCAGCCAUUUCACUAAUGAGUAUGGAUUGAAAUUAUUUUGUUACUCUAUCUUUUGGAUGCUUUUUGGUGAAUUUUAGAGACAUCAAAGUUAAAGAUCAAAGUAAAACUUAGAUAUUGCCAAUUCUAAACAUAUAAUGUGAAUUUUCUCGAUUAUGAAACCAUAACGACGUCAUAUUGUCAAAAGAGAAUAGUCAAAUGCUGUUCCAGUGGCGUUCUUUGAAGAAUUUUGUAGACUUUAGAUUUCUACAAUCUAAAGCGCAAUUCUAAAUACGCACCUGAAAUUGGACAAUUCGCUUGGAAUCAGCCAGAUUCGCAAUCACCAUGGUCAAAAUGCCCCGUAUCAAAUGGGUCCAGGUUUCUCCCAGAGAUGCCCCUUGUUCAAUAGUUACUGAGAAUCGGUACCAGAUUAUAAUGCUCACGGAGCGUGAGGCUUUAGAUUCAGGAUGAGCAUAGUGGUGCGUUAUAUCCAAAAAGAGCAAAGACAGUAGUAACUGUUGCGUGACUGAUCUGGCCUUAUUUGGAUGGUAAUAUUUUUUCGUCCUGUCUGGAUCGAGUGCCUGGAGAAUUUUGUAUUGAUCAAGUCUUAUUGGAAUUAUUUUCACAAAAAGAUGAACAGAGUUGAAGAAGAAGAAGUUGAAAGUAGUAAAUUCCGUUAUCUUGUUUGUGGAUUUGCUUUUUUGAUUCAAUUUACAGGAUAUGGCUUCAACCGUACAUUUGGGUCCAUUUAUGUAUCAAUGCAGAAAGAAUUUGACGCGAGCAAUGCUUCGAUAGCACUAGCGAGUUCAUUACCGGCAUCUUUGCUGUUCAUGUUAUCAACUGUCGCAGUCGGUAUUUUGGAUCGGAUAGGCUUUCGCCUUUCAAUGCUACUUGGAGGCAUAUUGAUAGGCGUCGCCCUACUGGUGUCAUCAUUCACUUCAAACAUCCUCAUCAUCUACUUGACGCUUGGAGUUGUUUUUGCGUUUGGUCAGAGUUUGUGUUAUUACGGGUCUUUGCUAAUUUUGCCAUUGUACUUCAAGAAGUCAUUGCCACUCGCCCACAGUAUAGUCAUAUCUGGGAACAGUGUUGGUGGCUUAGCCUUGGCGCCUAUCGUUGGCUUCGUAUUGAAAGAAUAUGGCUUUAGUGGAGGAAUGCGGCUGUGCAGCGUCGUUGCCUUGUUCAUUAUUGCAAUGUCGGUGGUAUUUAAGAGGCCUGGGGAAAGCUUUUGGUUCAACGGAUUGAUUUGUGAAGAGAAUGAAAGGCGAAGAGACAGUGAAUCUAAACCUGAGAACCUACCGCUGCACAAGAACAAAGCAUUUAUGAUUUAUGUUUUGUCGACAUUGUAUUGCAAAUUUGGAGUUUACAUAAACUUUGUGCAUAUAGUACGUUUGGCUCUUGACCGGGCAGUGCCUUACACUGAAGCUACAUUCUUACCAGGCCUAACUUCGAUCGCACAGUUCUUUGGCAAAAUAGCUUUUGGCAAGCUGUCAGCCAUGAAAGUGGCGAGCAAUUUGGCUUUGUGUCAGAUUUCGUCCGCUUUUAUGGGAGUAAUAAUGUUUUUGCCAUUUCUAAAAGGGUUUACUGGCCUAGCCAUAAUCUCUUUUGCUUUUGGAUUAUCUCAAGGAUUGCAUACUGCAUCAAACCUUAUUGUUGUCAAAGAAAUUGUAGAAACGCACCAAUUUAGAAGUGGAUACAAUAUCACUCAAUUCUUUACAGGGAUCGCUACCUUUUGUGGCCCCCCAGUUGCAGGUUAUUUGUAUACACUCACUGGCAACUAUAUACUUGUUUUUCUCAUUGCUGGAGGAUGUGCUGUUAUGGGAAUGCUUCUGAUGUUCUUUGUGCGAUAUUUUCAUGCUCUAAACAAAGAGGAAAAUGAACUUCUCCUCAAACAGUAGAAGUUUAAAGUCAACGUAAUCGAAUAAGAAUCUUUCAAUAAAACGUAAGUUACUUGAAAUGAAAGGUGCUG